AUGAUGGCUCCCGAGACGGUGGUUACAGUAGAUCAUAACAAACCAGCACAGCAGCAGGCGCCGCCGCAGCAGCAAGGACGUGCGCUGGAUUGGAUUAAAAUCAAUGUAGAAUAUUUCAAAACGCCGCCCGGUUUAUUGAAGAUCAUCGAAUUGGUUCUGGGUAUCUUGUGUAUGGCGUUGGGCACACCGUGGGCGUCCGCGUGGUAUGUCUUUGUAGCAGUGACGUCCUUCAUCACCACCCUUAUGUGGAGUUUCGUCUAUUUCCUGAGCAUCAGAGAAGCCCUGAAAAUACCCAUCAACUGGGUGCUAUCUGAAUUAAUCAGCACCUGUUUGGAAACAUUCUUCUAUCUUAUUGCCUUCAUAGUGAUGUUUACUUCAGUUUAUGGCAACUACGGACGAAACAUUGCAGCGGCUGUGUUUGGUAUAUUCAACACGCUAGCAUACGGCGCCAGUUCAUAUCUUCUGUACCAGGAACACAGAAGCAGCGCGCCGGCGGGAACGGCGUGA